GAACUGUCUCAGAGUAUGCGAAUGUAGAGGUCGUUCGUAUAUGGGGUACGGCGUCGCCUGCUGUCGGAGGGUAUGCUGGAGGACUAGACCUGCCCGCCAUCUUUGCUCAUUUGCUGCCUACCAGGGAGGCGAGCAAAGAUGGCGGACUCUGCCACUGUGGCUGCGAGAAGAGCUUGAGAAACUGGAGAGGAAGAAGCAAACGAUGGAGAGGAGGCCAAGGAGGAGUGCUCGAGGG